GCCGGUGCGGGCCGGGGGUGAAGGAGGCGGAGGGAGGUCCCGGUCCCGGUUCUGGUCACCGUCCCGGUUCCGAUCCCAGUCCCGGCGCGCCAUGGUGGUGCUGCGGGGCGGCGCGGGCCCCGAGGAGCCGUUCCCGAGGAUCGAGGACUGCCUGCCCCUGCUGCAGGACUCUCCCUCCAAGCGUUUCUCUCCGUCCAAGAGGAAGCAGUACUACAUCAACAAAGCCAUCCGCAACUCCGACCUCAUCCCCAGGGCCAAGGGCCGCAAGAGCCUCCAGAGGCUGGAGAACACUCGUUACCUGAUGACGCUUCUGGAGCAGGAUGAGUGCGGGAGCGACGAGGGAGAGCUCACCCACUCUGCCACCCCCAGCAUCUUCACUGAGGCCUGUAACAAUGAGACCUAUGUGGAGAUCUGGAACGACUUCAUGAACCGCUCGGGAGAAGAGCAGGAGAGGGUCCUGCUCUACCUGGAGGAGGAGGCCAGGAAGAAGCACAGGAGGAAGCUGCCUGUCAAGAAUGAAGACAAGUGGAAAGAGCUCCCUGCCUACACCCCCCAGGAGUGCUUCCAGCGCAUCAGCCGCCGCCUGCGCGCCACCCUCAAGCGGGGCAGGAUCCCCAUGGGUACACUGGAGGGGCUGGAGGAGGAGCUGCUGGCCUUCUUCUCUGUCACCCCCCACUCUGUGUACACAGCCCUGAUGGAUAACAGCUUUGAGAGGCUCCUGCUCCACGCACUCUGCCAGUACAUGGAUCUCGUCUCUGCCAGCUCGGACAUCGAAGGGAAGCGCCAGAUGAAAGUGAGCAACAAACACCGCGUGUUCCUGCCCCCGGAGCUGCUGCUCUCAGACUACCUGGGCCAGAUGAGCUGAUGCCCCCACAGCUGCCCUGCCCCUCCUGUGUCCUCUGCAGCCUCUCCCGGACCUUCCUCAGCCGUUGCUCUGCUCCAGCAGCCGCUCCAGGCCGGGGGUUUGUGGCUGUGCCCUUGGCUGUGCUGGCAGCAGGGCAAUGGGUGCAGAGCAGGUGCCUCUCGCCCUCCCUGCUCCCCGCACAACCCUCCUGGAACUCUUUGUGUGUCUAUUUAUAACCCAGGUGUUUUUUAAAAAGAAUCAGGCGGGGCCAGCCUCCCUCCGUGGGGUGAUUUGGGUCCAGAUUUUUCUGCGGUGAAACAGCUCCCGGCGGCUGCUGAGCAAUCGCUGAGCCGGCGGAAGAGCCCCAGGGCUGCCGCGUUCCCUCCCGCAGCCCCGCGCCCACCGGGGGCUCGGCCAGGGCGGGGCGUGGGCAGCUCCGGGUGCUUUUUACCCCACAGCCUGCAGAACGGGGCUGUUUUUAAGUGUAAUAUAGCUUGUGUUUUUUAUCACGUGUGUGUGUGUGUGUGUGUGUGUAUUUACAUGUGUGUGUGCUGGAGGGGUGCAGCCCCCUUUGGGGCUCUGCUUUUCCACGGGGCAUUUUGGGGGUCCCUCUAUGUGCCAAGGGGUGCUCGCAGGGAAACCUUUGCUGGUUGCUCUUGUCCCACGAUGACACCGACUGCCAUUAACCGCGGGCACCCCCAGACCCAGGGGAGCCCCUCGCGCCUCCUUCGCUGGUUCAGCAACAAUAAAAACGGUGCUCCCCUG